AUGAACGCGCAGCCUAACCUGCAGGUAGUAUCAGGCCGAGAGCGCGUGAGUACGCAACGCCGACACGAGGACCUGCUGCAGUGUCGGUGUCGAGUUUCAAGCAGAGUGUCCACCCUCAGUUUAAUGUGCCAAAACGAGGACACGUGGAAAACUUUGCCCCGCCGGGAUAGACUAUUUAUAGAAAAUGCUGCAGCUUCGGAACAGCUACUCGUGUGUGUUGCCGGCGUAAUUUUCAUACUACUUGUGCUGGAACGCUUUGACAAGAAUGACUUGUCCACCCUAACGAUCUUCGCAGACUCAAACAAUUCAAGUCUCACGUCAACGACCCGAAUUCAAGUGCUUUCUCUUACGCCUGGAAACUCCAUUGGAAGCGGAGAAGCAAAAUCAUCGGCAUCUAAAAGCACUAGAAGAGAUUCCUCCAGUUUCAAAACUACAACGGAUCUGACUUCAUCUACCACGAAAACCACCACCCAGAAAGCGAUCAACCAGCAGGAUAUGCUAACGUUUGCUCGUGAGCCGAAGUUCAGGAUUCCAGAAGCUGAUUUGUGCAGUUUCCAGGACACUUCUGAAGAAGUUCUAGUUUUAGUCAUGAUUUUAAGCGCCCCGGGAAAUGCAGAAAAACGGAGGGCAAUUCGCGAAACAUGGGGACAUUUUGCGAUGAUGAACGAUGUUCGAAUGGCAUUUAUCGUUGGGGUCGGCACCGACGCAGAACAAACAAAAUUGGAAGAGGAAAGCAAAAUAUUUUCAGACAUCAUUCAAGCAGAUUUCAAAGAUGCGUAUGAAAUGCUAGUGGCAAAGGUGGUGGGGAUGCUUGCAUGGGCCAACAAAUUCUGCUCAAAGGCAAAAUUUGUUUUUAAAGUAGACGACGACAUGUACGUGAACAUCCCCCUGCUGCUGACAUUCUCAAAGAAAAACGAAAAUGCGACAAACUCUGUUUUCGGUCGACUUGCUGUCAAGUGGGGUCCCGUCCGAAACAAGAAAUCCAAGUAUUACGUCUCCCCUGCGGAAUUCCAAGGGAAGCGAUACCCAAAUUUCGUCACUGGACCAGCAUAUUUAAUUACCAUGGACGCAGUCUCAAAGUUGCUGAAUGGUGUUCUCAGCAGCGGGUACACGUACUUCAAACUAGAAGACGUGUUCAUCACCGGCAUUGUGGCAGAACAGACCGGUGUUCGAUUAGUAAAUGCAAAAGAAAUAACAAACGUGUCACCACCAGUGAAAAUCACAGCCUGUAUGCUGAGCAAGGUCAUAACGUACCACGACGUGAACCCGAAGAAGUUGUACCAGUUUUGGACCAUGGUUCGCACUGACGGAAUGCAGUGUGCCGGCACUUGACACUGAUGAUUAUAUGUCAAAUGAGCCAGGAGCAUUCAAUCAAUUUUUUCCGGUUUUGAGAUGCCAAAUCCGUCCAACAAUCGUUGCUGCUACCGGAUGAAAGAUCAGAAAAUUCAGGAAUCGGGAAAAGGAAUGCUUAGCAGCUAUUUAUUUUAAUGGGGACAUUUUCUCACGAAGCCGUGUGAGUUGUUGGACAAAAUGUGAUUCCUUCAGAAGCAAAAAUUCGGUCAAGCGGUACAAGCAUUCCCUUAUUGCACUUUUUUGUCAGGAUUCCCGCUAAACCAAUCGCCAGAUUACAGUCUGGGUAUUACUGUAAAAAUUCUUUGAUUAGAAUUUUUCCUUGAGCCUCAAUGGAACUUUUAAUUUUCAGAGAAAAGCUAUGCCAAGAAACUUCAUAAUCAUCCCAGAACCAUUAAAUCCUGCAUGAUGUUCAUGCAACUUUCAAUCUCGACCAUUUUUCACUCGUUUGCUUUUUCAAUUUUCGUAACACACAAUAUGGCCAAGAAGUCGAACGAAAAAAAGGAUACAGUACAUGUAUACAGUUUGAAGUGACUCGACAUCUGGGUUGGAUUAUUCGAGACCGUCUUCUAUGAUUUAUCUGAAAUUAUAUUUGCUGGAGUGAACAGUGUGUUUGAAUUGUUUCUGCGCGAGAUCACUUGUGAUAUGUGGGAUUCCAAUCGUGUGUUUUGUAAUGAUGUGAUGGCGGAUCAUUUGGCAUAAAAUGAUGGGAUUGGAGAAAAGCGCAGAAUUCCCAAACUGAAGUCA